AUGGCCUUCGACGACAUCGAGAAGCAGUACCAGAUAUCAUCCCAUGUCCGCAAUAAUGGUCUCUCCAAUAAAUUCCCCACCCUGUCAGAGGCCCAGAAUAGUACAGACAUCGACAAUGAUGCCCUCCAUGUCUCUGCCGACAAGCUCGCGCGCAAUCUCUCCGCUCGUCAAGUCCAGAUGAUUGCCAUCGGCGGCACCAUUGGCACUGGAUUGUUUCUGGGAACAGGAAAGUCCCUCUCCAAUGGUGGUCCGGCGUCCAUGUUGAUCUCCUAUGCCAUCUGCGGUGGUAUUGUAUUCGUGACCAUGUUGUCCUUGGGUGAGAUGGCAGCCUUCGUCCCGGUUGCCGGGUCCUUUUGUACGUUUGCAGGUCGCUUCGUCGAUGAUGCUCUGGGGUUCGCCCUUACCUGGAACUACUGGUUCAAUGAUGCCGUGUCGACGGCGUCGGAUCUUAUUGCGCUUCAGCUGUUGCUCCAGUUCUGGACUGAUAACUUUCCCGGAUGGGCGAUCAGUCUGAUUUUCCUCUUUGUUGUUAUUUCGUUUAAUAUCUUGUCCGUGAGGUGUUAUGGAGAGGUUGAAUACUGGCUCAGUCUUCUAAAAGUUGCAACGAUCGUGGUCUUCAUCAUCCUUGGUAUCGCAGUCAACUGCGGCGGAAAUACCGAGCACAAGUACAUUGGAGGCAAAAACUGGCAUAUUGGAGAUGCUCCUUUCGUUGGCGGCAUUGGUGGCUUCGCCUCUGUCUUUGUCACGGCUUCAUUUGCAUUUGGUGGGACUGAAUCUAUCGCCAUCACAGCAGGAGAGACUAAGGAUCCAGCCAAAAACCUGCCCCGUGUUGUCCGCAAUGUCUUCUGGCGGAUCAUUCUAUUCUACAUUUUGUCUAUCCUUAUUGUUGGCCUGAACGUGCCAUAUAACUAUCCAAAAUUAUCGUCCGGUGAUACCAGCACCAGUCCCUUCACGAUUGUUUUUGUUCAAGCGGGCAGUAAUGUCGCGGGCAGUUUCAUUAACGCCGUUAUCAUGACGAGCGCCAUCUCCGCUGCCAACCAUGCCUUAUUCGCCGGAUCCCGCUUAUUGUAUACCUUGGCUGUUGAUGGGUACGCACCACGGUUCUUUGGGGAGUUGAAUCGUUUCAAGAUUCCCUGGGUGGCUGUCCUGGCGACAUCUUCCGUUAGUGGACUAUGCUUUGGAGUUAGUUACAUUGGUGCUGGGCAGGUGUGGUCUUGGCUACAGAAGUGGGUGUCCCCCCAACCAAAGUUCUCUAUUUCUUUCUAGUCCUAAUGGCGUUGCCAGCAUCGUCGGUGUCUCCAACCAACUGUCUUGGUUGUGCAUCGGUAUUGCCUCCCUCCGAUUCCGUGCUGCCAUCCGCGCCCAGAACCUCGAAUCUCUUCUGCCCUUCAAGAACUGGACUUACCCGUUUGGUCCCAUCAUCGCCGUCGUGCUAAAUAUUGUCCUCAUCCUCGUGCAGGGCUGGUCAUGCUUCAGCCCCAGGUUUAAGGUAGUUGACUUUUUCUCAUACUACAUCGAGAUCCCCAUUAUGAUCGUCAUGUUCCUGGGUUGGAAGCUGGUCAAGAGGACCCGGUUCGUGAGAGUAAAUGAGAUGGAUCUCGUCACGGAUCGCUUUGAUUUGAGUGAGAAUAACCUUGCUGGUUUCGACAGUAGCGGCGCUGGUUUAGACGUCGGUCAUCAUACUGUUCAUGCUGAUGCUGCUAACCGGGCUUCUCAAGGCUGGAAGUCCAAGUUGUUUGCUCCCGGUCCCGGAAAAAAGGGCUUUGCUCCUAAGGUGAAGCGGUUUGGGAUGUGGUUGUUUCUAUGAUUAUAGUAUAGUAUUAAUUUCUAGCAAUAGCUAACAUAGAUAUCGAAUCUACUUCAACAUUUCAUGGGUAAAGUUGAUUGUUCUCAUUGCAGAUGGCAUCAUGAUGUAGUCAAAAUGUAUGGUACCGGUAGAUUUUAUAUAUAUUCCACAAAGAA